CUGGGACUUGCCCUCCUCGGCCUGUUCCGGUCCAUUUCAGUAGGGAUGCUUACUUUCCAACCCGGCUCCAACUUACUGUAUGGUUACAGAAAAUGACCGUGGUGUCGCCCGCUGUCCCCUACGCCCGGCGAGGGCGCCACUCUGUGUGCCCCACUCCCACCCCCGGGACGCUAGUGCCCCUCCCGGUGAUGGACAGGUUGAGAGGUCUGGGAAGCGCAGGCGCAGUAGCUUCGGAAGCGCUUCCGGGACGGCGCUGUGGAACUUUUUUGGCGCGAGUGGGGGGCGGCGGCCGGGAAAUCGCGGUCCGCACUCCGCGUUCUGGGUCCUGGGCCGCCAUGCGCUACAACGAGAAGGAAUUGCAGGCGCUGUCCCGGCAGCCGGCUGAGCUGGCAGCCGAACUCGGCAUGCGAGGCCCCAAGAAGGGCAGCGGUUUCAUCGAGGACCCGGAAAGGAAGUAUCACUUUGAGUGCUACAGCGAGGAGCAGUGUCUAGAGUGGAUGGGAGCUCUGCGUCGAGCCAGGAACGAGAUCCAGAAGAUGACUGGCAAGGACCCCCUGGAACAGUUCGGCAUAUCGGAGGAGGCCCGGUUCCAGCUGAGUGGCUUGAAGGCAUGAAUCUGGGGGUUAGGCUUGGGCUCCUCAGCUUGACUCACCGAGGCCCAAAGGAGCCCUCCCUACCUCGCCCGGCCCUGGGCUUCCGGGCCAAGCCUGGAUUUCAGAGUGAGGUGUUCAGUAGCCCCAGGCUGGUGCGGGUGGGCAGAAGCUGUGCCUUGGGACCCAUCAUACUAGUCCAGCACCUCUCAGUGCCACAUGCUGCUGCUAGAGGGCGAGUACACACUCCCAGGAGCUGUGCUUGCUUCCUCGGGCUCACCCAUCUAGGGCCUGGUGGGCUCCCGAAGCUGGUGCAGCUCUCUUGCCCUGUACAGGCUGAAUGUACAAACCGAGAUAAUGCUGUGAAGGGCUCGGGAGCCUUGCCUUCUGGGCUGCUGUGAAUUCUGCUGAGGGCCAGGGCCCGGCCAACACCUCUGGGCAGAGCUAGAAGCAUUUGCCCUUGGGCUGGUGUACUCGUUCUGUUCAAAUAAAGGUACCUCUUUUCUACACGG